UGUCCGUCAGAAACAAGGAAAUCGCAACGUAUUUUAAGGAGAGGCGCCCCAGAUGAAUCUCUGCAGGUGGAUGUGGCAUCUAGACUGAGGAGCCGGUGAGUGCAGACAUCCAGGAAACGUCAGCCCAGAAAGCAAGAUGGGACUUUUAUCUGAUCCCAACAGGAGACGGGCUUUAAUCAGCAUGUUGACCCGCCUUAAUACUCCCAUCUGUGUGCUGUGCUACUUUGCCGGUGUUUGCUGGUUUAUGGGAUUGGCAUUUGAACCCUUCACGUUGCGGACAUAUAUGUCGGAGAAUGCCAUGGGGUCCACCAUGGUUGAGGAACGCUUUCCUUCAGGAGAAAGAGCUCUGGCCACAGGCAGAGAGUUUGCUGCUCACAAGAAGAAAGCCGGUGGGAUGCCGGUUGAUUGGCUAGUGAAAACGAUGCAGGCUCGAGGGUUGGAGGUUUUCACCCAGAGCUUCUCUCGCACACUACCCUUUCCAGAUGAAAAUAAAGAAAGAUAUAUUGUAAAAGGUACAAAUGUCUACGGGAUCCUUCGCGCACCUCGAGCUCCACGAACAGAAGCCCUGGUGAUUAGUGCUCCUUGUAGUCCAGGUGAUCAGAACAACCAGGCCGUGGGGCUGCUGCUUGGUUUGGCUCACUAUUUUCGCAGUCAGAUUUUCUGGGCCAAGGACAUUAUCUUUCUUGUAAAUGAGCAUGAUCUGAUUGGUAUGCAGGCCUGGCUGGAAAGCUACCAUCACACCAACACUACAGGAAUGGACUGGUCUCCAUUACAGGGCCGUGGUGGUUCAAUCCAAGCAGCUCUGUCUUUGGAGCUCAGCAGUGAUGUAAUAACCAGUUUGGACAUAGUACUGGAAGGUCUUAAUGGCCAGUUACCAAAUCUGGAUUUAGCAAACCUCUUCUAUGCCUUCUGCCAGAAGAUUGGGGUUAUUUGCACCAUCCAGGGCAGGUUGCAGAGGAAUGAUUGGGACAGUGUGUUAGGCUACAGCCAUGCAGUCCAGACCAUGAUGCUGAUGGUGAUGAAGCAGGCCAGUGGACGGCCAUGGGGAGACCACGGUUUGUUCCUGCGCUACCACAUAGAGGCAGCCUCCAUCAAAGGCAUCAACAGCUUCCGCCAGUACAAGACAGACCUCACCACCGUCGGCAGACUGCUGGAAGGAAUGUUUCGGAAGCUGAAUAACCUUCUGGAGCGUCUUCACCAAUCUUACUUCUUCUAUCUCAUGCCGUCCCUCUCCAACUUUGUCUCUAUCGGAUACUAUAUGCCUGCCUUUGGCCUCCUGGUGGUGAUUUUGCUGCUUCGUGCCUUAGACCUGUGGGUGUUGAUUGCCAAUCCACCUGCCAUAACAGCGGAUGGAGUUGCUGAUUUAGAGCAGCAGUCCAGUACGGGGGUUCUGUCAGUUCUGACUCCUCUGGUGAUCAGCCACCUGACUGGAGCAGCUUUGUACAUACUGCCAACCCAUUUCCAGGAGAUUGCUGUCGAACACUUCCCAGUUUCUGAGACCGAAGCUGUUGUCCUCACAGCCAUUGCUGUGUACACAGCAGGUCUGGCUUUGCCUCAUAACACACACAGGCUGCUGACCGGUGAGGGGACAGAGCAAGGCUGGAGGGUGCUGAAGCUCGUUGCUGUUCUCUACCUGGCCGUUCUGCUGGGUUGCACUGCCCUCAUUAACUUCUCCCUGGGCUUCAUCCUGGCUCUCACACUGGUGCCUGUGGCUGCUUUUGUUACACCCCACGUGCCCAAAGCGUUGUCAGCUGUCGUCUUGGUGAUCCUCAGCCCAGCCUGCACGCUCCUCUUCUCUGUGUUUUUCUUCCAAGAGCUCCAGGAAAUGCCUGUCAGCUUCCAAGAAGGCUGGCUGUUGUACCUGUCUGUUAUUUCCCAGGGAAUCCUGGACCAUUACUUGUACGGUUCUCUAGUUUACCCACUUGUUGCCUUAAUGAUUUAUCCUUGUUGGCUGCUGUUCUGGAAUAUCCUCUUCUGGAAAUAGCCUGCAGAUCUGCUGAGGGCUUGAGACUAUUAGAUGAUCCACUAGAGGAUGAAGCAAGGAAAUUUAUUUUGCAAAAAAGAAGUGACUCCCUCUGGUAACAUUUUGUUAUGAAUCUUCACUGAAGGUACACAUUUCUUUUUUUUUUUUUUAAGAUUGCAGCCAUUUUAUGGCCUCCUAAAACAUUUUAAGCAGCCAAUAAAUAAAACGGUUUUUACUUUACAUAACUAAGAUUAACAACCAGUUGUGGGAGUGGGAAGAUGUAAACUUAGGUAUAUGCCGUAUUUCAGUAAAUCAGUACAUCCAUAACAUUUUUAAUAACUGAUUCUGUCUUUUAGUGGGACGUCAUGCAAACAAAACUUUGAUAACUAAAAUAACUAUGUAAACAAAUGUGUGGGUGUACUAUGAUUUGUGAAAUGCUGUGAAUAGAAUAUUCCUUCUGUGAGGAGAGGGUUUUUUUUCUGGAUGGUUUGGGGUUUUUGGACUAAUAUAAAAGAAGCUGCACUGUUUAUAAAGAAAAUGUUCAAGAGAUGAUGCUAAUGAAAGAUGACCGUCAACAGCCUGCUUCUUAACAGUUGAAGCAAGCAUCACUUGGUGGAUUUUUUUUUUCUUUACUUUUGUUUAUUUGUGUUUGUUUCAUAUUUAUAACUUUUAAAGAUAU